AUGACGCUCGCGUUGAACGGUGCGAACGCCACGCCGGUCGAGCUCGUGGGCGUGGGGGCGACGUUUCCGUACAGCGUGUACGAGGAGGCAAUGAGCGCCUACGAGCAAGCGAUGGAGAACGUGACGAUGACGUACAGGGCGUUCGGGAGCGGGAGUGGACUGUGCAGGAUAAAAAAUAGGACGGUAGAGUGCCCAUCGGAUUUGAAAGGGACGGACGAGGUGGAUUUUGCGUGCAGCGACGCGCUGCUGGACCCGGUUUCGUACUCAAGCUACGCCGACUUGCAAAUGUUUCCAGCACUCGCGGGCGCGGUUGCGAUCUUAUAUAACCUUCCGGGAACGACGGUCGCCAUGAAUCUGAACGCCACGACAAUCGUCGGAGUGUUCAAUGGAACCAUCACGCGCUGGAACGACGCUGCGCUGCAGGCGCUGAAUCCCGCACUGUCGCUUCCGGACGAAGCCAUCAAAGUCGUCGUCCGCGCGGACAGCUCUGGUACAACGGAAGUUUUCGCGACGGCGUUGAAAACUAUGGAUACCGAUCUUGGGAUACGAUUGGGUUCCGACUUGACUUUACCGAUUUGGCCAAUGGGGAGCUAUGAGAAGCGCACGUCUAGCAUCGGCGUGGCUUCGUACGUGCGGGCGACGAAUUACUCGUUGGGUUACGCAGUUCUCGCAGAUGCGAACACAGUGAAC